AAUCCCUCACAAGUCACGGCACAACUUCAUUCCUUCUCCCUGUUUGGAUUUGUCUCUAUUUAUGCAUCUGGCAUAGGAAGCGUGAACGCAUAGCCGAUCACCAAACACUACCUUUUGUCGAAAGGAAGAACAAAGAAGAAAGAGUCAGAACCCAUACCCACAUUCGUCAUCGGCCUCCACCCAGACCGAUGGAACGGGCUUUCGAGAUUAGGGUUUUUGGAUUUUGAUUGGUGUUAAGUUUAUGAUCUGGGUUUUGAUUGAAAGUUCAAUUUUUUAUGAGGUGUCAUUUAAGUGAAUAUAAGAAAUUUGAAGUGCAAGAUGGCGGUCAAUCGAAGUUUUGUCCGUGUGGAUACUUUGGAGAUUAGGGCUUUGAUCAUAAGAAAGAUUGGGCAUCAAAGAGCUGAGAAGUACUUUGAUCAGCUGAGAAGAUUGUUUAGUUUGAAGAUUAGUAAGAAUGAAUUUGAUAAGUCUUGCAUCAGGACCAUUGGUAGGGAAAAUGUCCCUCUUCAUAAUCAGCUUAUCAGAUCAAUUAUUAAGAAUGCCUGCAAUUCUAAAAUUCCACCGCUUAAAACUCCUAGAAGAGUAGGAAGCAACCUUAAUGUUAAUGGGUAUCAGAGAAAUUGUCUUCAGUCUCUUUAUGGGGAUGGAUUUCCAUCUUCCCCUCGCAGGGGAAGAUCUCCUGUUAGCCGCGACAGGAGGUUUCACGAUCGCAUAAGUCCAUUGGGGCCCCUUGGAAAGCCCCAAAAUGUUGCAUGUGCAGAAUCAGUUUCCAAGGUACAGGAGCAGCAAAGUCCAACUGAAUUGCUUUCACUUGGGAGCAGACCUCCAGUUGAAGUUGCAUCUGUGGAAGAUGGAGAAGAGGUUGAGCAGGCAGCAGCAAGUCCAUGUGUACAAAGCAGAAGCCCUGUUACUGCUCCUCUUGGCAUCUCUACUAAUUUUGGUGGAGCUCGCAAAGCACUUUCUAAUAUUUUGACAUGCAAUAAUUACCAUUCAGAGAGCUGUCAGAGCAGUGGUGAGCUACCUGAUACAAGAUCACUAGGAAGUCGUCUGGAAUUGAAGUUGGAGAUGGAGGGAAUAAGUGUCUCAUUGGACUGUGUUAACCUGCUGAAUAAUGGAUUGGAUGCCUACUUAAAAAGAUUGAUAGAGCCCUGUGUUGGUUUAGCUGCGUCAACAUCUGGAAGUGAGCACUUGAAGCAAACAAAUAGUCAAUUCAAUCCAAGUUUGAAUGGGAUAUUACCUCAGAGUUACUUUCAAAGGUCAAGGAAGUCUUUUUAUGCAUCCAUGCUGGAUUUCCGAGUUGCAAUGGAAUUGAAUCCUCAUUUACCUGGUCAUGAUUGGUCUACACAGCUUGAGAAAAUUUGUCUGCGUGCAUCUGAAGAGUGAGGAUAGCACAUCAACCAAACUUAUCCGUCUUAUUUGACCUUAAGAUAUGAAUUCAUGUUCAUGUUGGAUCUACAAUUCAGGUUUUACAUUACAUUCUAUAGUCUAUACCCUUUUCUGAGACGAUUUGAUCUCGUCCUGUUAUAGAGAUUAAUAGCAUUUGGCCAAGGGAGCUGUUAAAAGUUUUGAAUCAGGUGGCGAAGUAGCAUUUAAAUUUCAGCAUCAAUGGUUACUGGAUUGUUGGAAUGUGCACACAUUAAAUGUAAAAUUCUAGUUAUCUUUUAGACUUGUGUUUAGGAUUUCAGAACCAUCCUUCAGUUCUUCUACUUUCUGUGUUUUCUUUUUCAACCUUUUGCCCCUAAUGUACUCAGUUAUCAAUGAAAAGAAGGAUAUUUU